AUGUUCCUCGCACAGGAUCUUUACAGCUGGCGGAAACCUAUUCCAGCCACUCCACUGACUAGAUCUAAUUCUAUCAUAUGCACCUCCAACACUCACAACACUUUAACCGCCGUUCUAGGUGGAGACAUCUUAAUUUAUGCUGGUGCCCAGGUGAUCUCAUACAGUCAGGAUCAUUCAAGGAACUCCAGGGAUCGCUCAAUUGGCUACACGCCCAGCUUCAUCUCACUAAAAUCGUCAUUGCCGGUAAUCAUGAGCACCUACUCGAUUCAAAAUGCGAUGACUCAUCCAAUCGUGCAGUCUCCCGAUCUGAGCGGGCUUGGCUCGACUGGGGCGAUAUCAUCUAACUGGAAAAUGAGGAAGCAACGAUUUGCUGUCCGAAUUUCCGUCAGCUUAGGGUACAUGGAAGUCCUUACUCUACGCGCAACGUUAAAUGGGCCUUUCAAUAUCCCCGAAGCCAAGACCUUGGCUGUGCCCAUCUGCUACGACACUAUGGAGAGUGCAACCAAGACUGGAUGUUAUUUGAUGGACUACAAAAGGCGUACGAGUGCACGAUCGCUGAUGGAGGAGGCCGGGAAUCUUCUCUUUACAGUAUGGAAGUUUGUUAAGGCAUAUUUGGCGCCGACUGUGGAAUCAAAAUGUUUGCCGGUGAAAGCAUCCAUCGUUGGUGGCCUGCGCGAUAAUGAACGGAGGCAAGCGUCAGAAUCAUUAUUGGACCUGUUUCCCUACUACCUGUAG